UAUUCUCCUUCCAUUUCUCCCCAUCUAACCCAAAAACUCUCUUGCUUCUAACAAUGGAAACUGCUACUGUUACAGCUAAUGGUAAUGGAAAUCCCAGUGAUGUUCAGGUUCAACAUGUAACCAAGAAGUCAUCUGAUGAGUUGUUGAGGAAGUUCGCGGAUGACGAUGAUGAUGAUAAGGGGGCGGCGGCGUUGAGGAAAGAGUUAAGGGUAAUGGUGGUGAAACGAAAGAAAAGGAGUGGAUCGGGCAGGUCCAGAAGGGAAUCAUCGGACAGUCCUUCCAACAAUGGGUUAGUUGAGCGGAAAUGGCUUCUUCCUCCGGCGGCAGCCACACGGCGGUCCACUUUGCUUAAACAGCUUGGGAUGGGGAGGUCGCAGUUAAGAGCCAGGGAGAUUAGGAACAGGUCCAUCUUUGGCACCAUUGAGAAGACAUGGCGUAAAACUAUAGAAGGAGCAUCCAGAGUUUUCAUGGAGAAACAUUAUAACAGACAUAGGCGUUUGAUUAAUGAUGUUGUCUAGGUAUCUGCAAUGAAAUUUGUAUAUUGCCAAUCAUCAAACCAUAUGUAUUACUAUUUCUUCU